AUGAGUCAACAUUUGUCUAUACACAGUCUUUCCCAUAUCUUACUAUUUGAAUUAAUUUAUUACAUCAUCCUGCAAAGAAGCCAAGCCGUACGAAUUGUUGGUACUUGGAGCUCCCGCAAUAGUCGAUUCUCAAUCCUUGCUAAAUUUGGCUUCCAGCAGAUAGAUCCAUUGGAUGCGGAGCAUAGUCGUGGGUUUGUUUAUGGAAAUAUAUCGUCACAUAUAGUUAAUGGAGCACGAGGGAUAUUGCUGAUUGUACCGAGAACACUUAUCAAUGGAUUUCUUGAUAAAACAGCCCACGAACAGUCAUGCGACUUUUUGCUACAGAAUAUCAGUUCACUUGCGUUUGAAACGAAAUGCCUUCCGAAUGGUAAAGGCGAUGUGAUGAGGUGGAUUCCAUGUCCAAAAGGAAAAUUGUGUGUUGAGGAAGAUAUUCCUGGAAAGGUAAUAAAUGGUUCACAAUUGACUCUAAGGAUAGAGGAACCAUCAACUCCUCAAUAUUGGUAUGUGAUGAUGGCUGCCUGUUAUUUGGAUUCUUCCUGUCUGUGGAAAUCCUCAGUUAAGGAGAUUAUUGUACAUUAUGAUUUGUGGCUUACAAACGGAAGUCCUCUUAUGCGCUAUUUGAAUCCAUUUGGCCAUCAGUUCAGCUUCGAAGAGCAAAAUUCUGCUGAGAUAUACAUACUUUUGUUUAUAUUAUAUAUAGUGGUUGGAUUUUGUCAGUGGCGUUCUGUGGUAUUAUGCAACUCUGCAUCGGUUUUACCGCGCCAUCAGCUUCUUAGCUGUAUUAUUGUACUGAAAGCGUUUGGUCUAGCUUUGCACUGCUUAAAUGUUAUCACAUUCUCUUUUGAUGGCCAGGGAACGUUAUUUGCUCGUCUUCUUGGUGAAAUUGCUCGCUUGAUGUCGACGUGCCUUCUUUGCUUACUGCUCAUAUUACUUAGCUGUGGUUGGUCAUUCGGCAGCAGUAGUAAAAUUUUACUACAUCCAAAAGUUGUUAUUGUCUGGGGGCUUCUUACAUCUGCUCAUUUCGUGCUCUUUUUUAUCAAUUUUUUUUUUGUUGACGACGUACUACAAGAUAUCGACAUAUUUAAAUCUUGGCCAGGCUACGCGAUGAUUAUGAUUCGCAUGCUGCAAACGCUCUGGUUCUUGGUGCAAAUUCGCUGCUUGAUAAAUGAAGAGAGUGAUGAGCAGAAGGCAGUCUUCUUGGCGCAUUUCGGUGCUGGUUUUCUCGUAUGGUUUGUUUAUAUCUUAGGUCUUGGGAUUAUUGCUUCUUUUGUAUCUGCUUUGUGGAGAUUUAAAAUCAUCCUUGCCAUAACAACAACGGCAAAUUUUGCGGCAAUUGCGUGCCUAGUGCAUUUAUUUUGGCCUACUAGUUCGAACCGACAUUAUUUUUUGGCGGAUAUCACAUCCCACAGACGGUUUGUUCUGGCCAAUGAUAAUGAAGGCGAGGAUUUUGAGAAUCUGCUGAUUAGUGAUAGUGCUGAUGCUGAUACGAAUAGUCUUGUUAGUAGCAUAUUAGAAAAUAUCUGA